AUGCAGCCGCUAUCAACGCAACAAUGUCCGGACGUGGAAAAGGAGGCAAGGGACUCGGCAAAGGGGGUGCCAAGGCGCCAUCGCAAAGUUCUUCGCGACAAUAUCCAAGGCAUCACCAAGCCAGCCAUCCGUCGUCUUGCUCGCCGAGGUGGUGUGAAGCGUAUCUCAGGUCAAAUCAACGAGGCAAUCGAUUAUGGAAAGGAAAGGGUGAUCCAGAGUGGCAGCUUUCUGCUGAAGGCAUCAAUGGCUCGUACCAAGCAAACCGCUCGUAAAUCUACUGGUGGCAAGGCCCCACGAAAGCAGUUGGCUACCAAGGCCGCUCGCAAAUCAGCACCGGCUACCGGUGGUGUGAAGAAGCCUCAUCGUUACCGCCCAGGAAAAGCCGCUCUUCGUGAAAUCCGGUCAUGCCUAAGGACAUCCAGCUUUCUCGCCGUAUCCGUGGUGAACGUGCUUAAGUUCGAAGCGCUUCGCGAUUGGAUCUCAAUCUAA